GAUGAAACUUAAUGCCUACUCCCUCCUCUGGCGGGAACCGCAAACAAAUGGGUAAAAGGAAAUACAAAGACCCAAGUCGAGACGAAUCGCAAGACGAGCAGGAACAGAGACAGAAGACAAUCCCGGAUCUCUUUUGCAGAGAUCACCUCAGUACCGGCUACAAACCGUCCCCUCUAUCGCCGUCCAGUAAGCGGGUACGGCGCAACGAAUGCGACUCCGCCAUUAAGGCUUCGUCCGAAGAGCUAGCACCUAUCACCGUCGACAAGAUGUACAAGUUCACCAGCUCAGACGGCAAGGGAAGCAAUGGGAGUGCGUUUGGGUUCGCUCGCGCUGAUAACCGAACACCGUUGGCGAGAACGAGACCGUUUAAUUCCUCGAACCCAAGCAGCUUUACACCCCACACAGGCGCAAAGACACUCAAGGUCAAGAAUCUACGUGACGCUCCCAGCCUUGACCAGCAGCUCUACUUUGAUAAAGUGUGGUCUCAUCUAGACUCCGCCCUCACAGCAAUAUUCAACCAUGAGAAGCUUCCAUAUUCGUUAGAGGAGCUGUACAGAGGGGUUGAGCAUGUGUGUAGGCAGGGAAGAGCGGCAAAUCUGGCGAAGAAUUUAAGGGAGCGUUGUAUGGGGCACAUAUCAGGAAAAGUUAUGGAAUCACUACUCGCCAAAUCUGCAACUGGAGAUGAGACAGUGGUAUUGCGGGCGGUGGAGGCCGCAUGGACUCAGUGGAAUGUGCGACUAGUGACGAUUCGGUCAAUUUUCUACUACUUAGACCAAUCUUUCCUCUUGCAUUCCCCCAAUAAUCCCGUUAUAUAUGAAAUGGGCCUGCUCCAGUUUCGAUCAACUGUGUUUUCUGAUGCCUCCCUGAAAUCAAAGGUAUUUCAAGGAGCCUGCCUUUUAGUCGAGUUAGAUAGGCAGGAGGAUAACUAUGCCGAUCCUACCCUAUUAAGGAGUUCCAUCAAACUGUUCCACGACCUGAAGAUAUACACUGCUCAUUUUGAGCCAUGCAUGCUCGAGAACUCGGCAACGUACUAUAAGAACUGGGCUGCAGGCCAAGUCGCUGGCGAGAACCUUGCCAGCUACGUCGAAAAGUCGUAUCGACUUAUUGAGCGCGAGAUGGCUCGGUGUGACCUCUUCUCGUUCGACAGAGGGACAAAGCAGAAGUUGGCCGAGCUGCUGGAUCAUAACCUGAUGGUUAAUCAGAAGAAGUUCCUUCUCAACGAGGCCGACAUCAUUAGUCUGCUUCGAGCAAACAACGCCACAGCUCUGGAGCGGCUAUUCUCCAUGUUAGAACGAAAAGGCAUGGGUGUUGAUGUGAAGUCAGCGUUUAGCAAAUACAUCAUCGAAGAAGGUUCUACCAUCGUCUUCGAUGAAGCUCGUGAGGCAGAAAUGGUCAUCAGACUUCUUGGUUUCAAGCAGAGUCUGGAUCAUAUCUGGAAAUUCUCAUUCCAUAACCAUGAGCAACUCGGCCAUGCUCUUCGUGAAUCCUUUGAGGCUUUUAUCAACCAACACAAAAAGACGGAUUCAAACUGGGGCACAGACAACCCCAAGCCUGGCGAGAUGAUUGCGAAACAUGUUGAUCAGUUGCUCAAAGGGGGCGUGAGAGCAAUGCAGAACCGUCCAGUCGAAGACAUCACCGGCAAUGCCAGCCUUACCGACGAAGAUGCGGAAAUUAAUAAACAACUCGAUCAAGUUUUGGAUCUCUUCCGAUUCGUGCAUGGCAAAGCAGUCUUUGAAGCCUUCUACAAGAACGACCUAGCAAGGAGACUGCUAAUGGGUAGGAGUGCCAGUGAUGAAGCGGAGAAAAGUAUGCUCUCAAGGCUGAAAUCAGAGUGUGGCUCCAACUUUACCCACAACCUCGAGACCAUGUUCAAAGACAUGGAUCUUGCGCGGGACGAGAUGGCUUCGUAUAACGCUCUGCUGAGGGAGAAGAACGAGCGACCAAAGGUCGACCUCAAUGUCAAUGUCAUCUCUGCCACCGCAUGGCCAAGCUACGUAGACGUGCCCGUCAACAUCCCAGAAUCCAUAUCUCGAGCCAUCACCAACUUCGAGGAGUUCUAUAACAACAAGUACAGCGGGAGGAGGCUACACUGGAAACAUACUCUAGCGCACUGUCAGUUAAAGGCGCGGUUCCCACUCGGAGACAAGGAACUAGUUGUAAGUUCGUUCCAGGCCAUCGUGCUGCUCCUGUUCAACGACGUUGCGGGCUCAGAGACGCUAUCGUACCCUGUCAUCAAGCAAGCUUCCGGCCUUUCGGAUGUGGAAUUAAAAAGGACACUACAGUCGCUAGCUUGCGCUAAAUACCGCGUCCUCCUCAAGAAGCCGAAAGGCAAAGAAGUCAACGAGGACGAUGUGUUCGCGUACAAUUCCAAGUUCGAGGACCAGAAGAUGCGCAUCAAGAUCAACCAAAUCCAGCUCAAGGAGACCAAACAGGAGAACAAGACGACACACGAGCGUGUUGCCGCAGACCGACAGUAUGAGACGCAAGCCGCUAUUGUCCGCAUCAUGAAAAGCCGCAAGGUCAUCACGCAUUCAGACCUGGUUGCAGAGGUGAUCAAGGCCACCAAGAAUCGCGGUCAGCUCGAGCUUGGCGAUAUCAAGAAGAACAUUGACAAACUCCUGGAAAAGGACUACAUCGAACGGGAAGAGAACAACCGGUACAAGUAUCUCGCCUAG